UCUCCCCCCUCUCCCCGCCAGCUGACCAACCGCCUGUUCGCCGGGCGCUCCCCCUUCGGCAUGGACCUCGUGGCCCUGAAUAUCCAGCGAGGGCGCGACCACGGCAUUCCGGCCUACAACCUGUGGCGGAAGAUCUGCAACUUGCCGCUCGCCAGGGACUUCAACGACCUCGCGGAUGUCAUGGAUCUCUCUGUGAUCAACCAGCUGCGUUCGCUGUACCUGCACGUGGACGAUAUCGACCUGUUCAUCGGUGGCAUCGCUGAGAAGCCGAGUGCGGGGUCGCUGCUCGGACACACUUUCCUCUGCAUCGUCGGGGACCAGUUCGCCAGGCUCAGGCUGGGCGAUCGCUUCUACUACGAGAACGGAGGCCUAGAAUCCUCCUUCUCCGAGCUGCAGCUUCAGGAGAUCAGGAAAACCACUUUGUCCAGAAUCAUGUGCGAUAACUCCAACCUGGAUAUGAUGCAGCCGCUCGCGUUCGUCGACGCCCAUCUCGCGAACAAGCGGGCCUUAUGCAAGUUCGGGACGCUCAUCCCCGAGAUGUCGCUGGAGCCGUGGCGCAACGAGCCGGUCUGGGUGUAGGCGCCGUGAUCUUCCGAGGCUCUGAGACGCUCGCUUGAUGCUGUUCGUUUUGCGUGUUGGCCCCGUCCCUGUCCUUCAGCUCUGGUCCUGUUAUCAUUCGCUUGUAUUUUUUCAUUGCUUUUUUUCUUUGAGGGGGGAUAUUCAUCUAUUUAUUUUGCACAGGCUUGUACGGCCAUUUGUUGGUUUUGUAAUUAGGCCUUUUUUAUGAUUCGUUUUUUUGUUGGUUUUAUGAUGAAGUUCCUUUUUAGGGGGAAAGGAUUUUUAUUAAUCUCUUUCUUUGCGUAGAUUUCUCUACAAGGCCUGAUUUUAUGAUUAAGCAUUGUUGUGAUUUUUAUUUAGAGAUGUUCUUUAUUAUUGUUUGGGCAAACAUUGAGGCAUUGCAUAAGCAGGUUACAUUUGUAAAAUUGAUAUGCAUGUCCUCUCUUUCAAAGACAGACAUUUUUUUUUCAUUUUGAUGGUACUUACAUAUUCUUAAAUAACCAUGUAAAAAAUAUAUAAAGAUUUUUCAUUAAUAGGUAAUUUGGUUGUACGUGACUGCUCUCUUUUGAAGGGUUAAAGUUGUUUUUUCUGUGUAGUAACAGAGUGGGAAAAUCAGGAAGGCAUUUACCAAUAAAUAGUAUCCAUUUCCUUUCGACAAUAUUCAUCUUAGAAUACAAUUCAUAUUGUUUCACAUGUUGCAUAUUUCGGUGCAUAAAUGAACACGUUUUGCAAAAGCUAUCAUGUGUCUUAAAAGAUUACAUUAGUUUACGCACAUUUUCAGGUAUAUAAUAUAUUUAUUGUGAUUUGAGUCCCCAAUAAAAUAAUUCCUUUGACUUUAAA